AUGGCUGAAGAAGACAGCCUCGCCGCCCUCCAGGGCCUACACCGCGACUUGUGCGCCCACAUCGACCUACAGCUACCUGUGCUAGAGAGGCUACUGCUGAACCUAGAGGCGCAUUUGGAAGAGCUCAAGACGCUUUUGGACAAGAAACCAAAGAACGAUGCGAGCAGACAGGCUCUGAGCAAGAUCAAGAUUGACGACAACGAGUAUGAGGUCAACGAUGACUUCAAGCAACAAACGCUCGAACUGGCCGACGCCCUCAAUCUCGACGAGCUAGACGCCGCUGCCCUGUUCAUGGGUGCCGAAAGCGAAGCCCAAGAGUUAGAUCGAUCGCAGCUCCAAACGGCCGUGAUUCGCUUCCACCGACGCCGCGAAUACGUCCUCCUCUGCGUGCGCAUAUUGAUGAAGACCGCGCUGGACAAUGGAGACUCGGAAGUCGAGGGACUCCCCGUCUUACAAGAGGCCGCGCAGAUGAUAGUUGGCGUACAUGGCACAACAAAUCUGAUGAACGCAUAUGGCUUUUGGACCAAAUGCUUGACAAGCAUGGAAGCAGUGGAGAAGUGGCUGCAGUUCAUCGCGGAGCGCGUCCAGAGUACCCAGGUUGUUGGCCAAGUGCCCCUCCCCGGCUUUGUAGAGAUUAUGGACUUCCAGCGCCAGAGCCUUACACGACAACACGAGAACCUAGCAGCGAUUUGUACGCAUAUGAUCAAACCCGGAUACGUCAAUCUCGACAACUAUAAGGCGUUACUUACCCGAGCCAAGUCUCUCGACCGACACGACCUCAUCACCAUACACUAUGUCCCAAUUAUCCUGCGACUCACGUCAUGGGUCGCAUCUGAGAGCAACAACGUCAUGAUAAGAGAAGCGCGCGCCUUCCAUGACUCGUUCAUGGCCGGACGGGAAAGUGACAACUGGGCGUUGAGAAAUCUGCAUUCGGCGACAUUGGCUUGGUGGCUAGCAGAGUACAGUGGGCGGUACAUGGACCCCAACACCCAUGACGCUGCAUUGCAAGGCAUCAACUUCGACGAGGAAGCCAACACCCGAUCCGAAAUCUUCCUGAAAGCACUCAACGACGGCGCUUUUCAUUUCAUGCUAUCAGUCAGUCAGGAUGUGCGCCCCACGCGCUGGUACGACCCUCAAAAGACCAGCAUGUUAUCGACGUUGUUGCAAGACACUGCUGUUUUGACUCGGGAUUCUCCCCAACCCGAGGAGUUUUUCAAGGAGCUUCUCAUGGAGCAACUACAGACUUUCGUAGAUUCUUUCAUAACUCACAUGCCAGAUACCCUACGUAAACUCAAGGCCGAAGAGGACGACCAACGGCGACGAUUGCAACUUCAUUUCCAGCGUUCAACUGGAGAGUAUCCACUUCAUCUGGAACGAUUCAUGGUCAUUGUCGCAUACGCUUUUGAUGGAUUCCCAGAUGCGGCAGAAGACUUCUGGAGCGAUAAAGAGAGUAAUCUGUACGGAUUUCUGCAAUGGGCAGCCAAGCGCCAACCUACACCCCGUAUAGCCAUGUUCUGCGAGAUGUUACGGGCAAUCGGUUCUGGAGAGGCGAACGCGGAAGCGGCCCAUCGUUUCCUGCUCGAAGAGGGGGCGUCUGCUUCUGGAAAGAUUCGUCGAACGAGCUCGCUCAGCUACACAACCAUCUUCAACGAACUGCGAGAGUUCGAGAACGACAUCCAUGAGCCGAAGAAGACUAUUCAAAGCGGCGUCUAUGCCCCCACGAAUCCCAUCGACCAGAUUGUGGAGCCGGAAAGCGCAACUAUGCUGGAAAGCUACUUGAGACUGAUUGCACACAUUUGCCGACAAAGUUCUUCUGCACGUAUGUGGAUACUGGAUCUCAAAGAAUAUCACUUUGCUGGCAUCUGCUUCGGCCUGUGCACCGACAAAGUUGAGAGUGGGCUUCGCGCAGCCGCGUACGAUGCCCUGUCAGCUCUGCUUGUAGGCAAGGACGUCAUGCGCGCGGAUGCUAUGUGGAGCCUCUUGGACGAGUGGACUGUCAAUGGCUUCUAUACUGGAUCUAGACAAAACAACGCUCUAAGUGCUACACCGAGAGACGACCUGUGGCCUACGCUGGCCGACGGAUACGACGAGUCCAUCGCUCUAGUCCGUUUCCUCCACUCACUUGUCGAACCAUAUCCGGAAAAUGAAGGUCUGAACGACAGUCUACCAUUUCCCGAGGGCUUAGGAUCGUCGCGCAGGAUGCCGGGUAUUGAGGGUUACAUUGACUUCGUGAUGCAGCAGGUGUUCGCAGAACGUUCCCUGGACGUGAACGAACCCCUUCAACGCAACGUCAUGCGGUGGACAUGCUUGCGAUUCAUGGUAACGUGUCUUUCCACGUUCAAUGAGAAUCUAGUCGUGUUCGCGAACAAGUCUAGCAUACCCGUUGAUGAGGUCAUCGAUCCCACAUCACUUGCGGUGUACGUUACGCUCCACCCCUUUGCCCGCGUCAUGGAAUGGCUCUUCAACGAUAAGGUCCUGAAGGCUCUUUUUGCUGCCUCACAUCACGACGUGACCGAGGUUGAUGCUGCCCCAUCUGACUCACCAUUAAUCCAAUCCCUGAUGCUGAGCAUUGAGGUAAUGGAUCUGGUGAUGAAGCUCCAAGCGACCUACUUGGACAUCGUCAAGCCAGUUCUCAAGCAACAAACGUCAUUCCACCAUUCUCCUGUGUCGAACCUAUCGCUUGCAUCUUUCGAAGACGCGAUUUUGAACAAUUUGCAGAUUAUCGUCGAUCUUGGACUCUACUGUGGUACUGGUCAUGAAGCCUUGACCAUUGCCUCACUCCAGCUACUAGAGAAGUUGGCUUCUUCACGAAAACUUGCUGUCUCUCCUGCGGGCUUCGGUCAACGGUCAGGACGAAGUAAGAUUGUCGGCAUACUGGAGAAGGACAACGAAGCAGAGCGCAUCGGUCGGUCACUCUCAGGCUUGAUGCGGUUCAGUGCCGAAGAGCUCGAAGCUGGAGAGGAAGCUUCCGGAUACAUUGUCAAGCUCCAUGUGUUGGACUUCUUGAAUAGUUGUCUAGCUGCCGUGUCCCUCCGGCCGACGAUAGCGCAUAUCCUUCUCGGCUUCUCAUGUGGUACCAAUACCGUCCGCAUUGCCGAAGAUAGCCUCUGGUCGAACGGACAAGCUUUGUUUCACAGCAUACUUCUUCUUGGGGUUCAGUACCCUGACAAUGACGGUGAACAGUUCAUAGCUUGGCGGUCCGCUCUCAAAACCCGAUGCUGGGAUGUUUUGCAAAAGCUUUGGCGGUCUCCGUUGACGAGCGCUAUCGUCAUGGAAGAGCUCCGCGACAACGAGUUGCUGUUCAUCGAAGCACCCCAACUGACGCCUAUCACGCUUGAUAUACCCUGGGACGGAAUGUCUCUUGCGCAAGGGCUCGAGGUUGCGCCCAGUGAUUAUUCUGCAUUCUUUUCGGGACCACCAGCACUCGCUCUCCAGAGCUUCCUUCAAAGACGCGCUGCUUUCCUGGAUUAUGAGUCUAGGGAAUUGCGUUUGACUGUCAAAGAGAGCAUGCCCACCAUGAAGUCCAGGAUUCAGUCUGUCCUUCUUGGGACCACCAUACGGCCAGGCGAAGACGCCAUACUGAACCCGAACAUCUUCGAUCUGUUCGACUUUAUCGAGUUGACAUAUCCUGAGCGUGCUCUACCGGAUCAACAUAAGUUCUUUGAGGGUGUAAAUCUGACCUCAUGUCAAGAGGAGAAGGAGGGUAGCACUCUCUACUCCUUGCCACUACUGGAGCAAGUCAUCCGCCUCAAGAUGAAAUAUUGGAGAAAAGCAAAUUUGAUCCACGAUCAAGAGGAAGAAGAACAGCUUGUUGAGCAGGCCGAACUGCUCAUGGCUAUCUUUGUGGACUGGAACCGUCGCACACAACUGCUCCGCUAUCACAAGGACAUCCUUCAGUCGUGGGUCCAGGUCGUCAUGGUUGCGGUACACAGCUGCGACUUCGAAAACGGGGCCCGCAGUUCCUUUAUCAUGCAAACGUUGCAGGUCAUCCUGCCCAAGCUUGAGCAAUCUUACACCUCCGAUAUCUUUACUGCUCUCCAGCUUGCCAGCCUAGCGGAGUCCCUUAUUCAAAAGGUUGACUUUGAGUCUACUGCCUUUGAUAAAACAGGCGAUUUCGCGAACGAUCGACUCUCUCAACUAUUCCGCGCUGCGCUUGUUGGCAUAUAUAGCCCGGUGUCGACGGCCGAAUUACGAGAGUACUGCUACCAAAUUUGCUUCCGCUACAUUCACGGCACCUUCAACAAAGCGACACCAAACUCUUUGCUCGGUCGACACACACUUGGAGCCAUCAAGAACUGUGGUAGCAAUAUGCUCGAGGUGAUCUGCGACGAUGCCUACAGCGGGCAAGGAACAUGCAAAGUGUCUGCGCUACUCCUACUCAAUGCAUUUGUAGCGGCAGCAACCAGUCAAUCAUCAAAAUAUAUUCUCGAUAGCUUCGUCUCGCUAAACUUCGUCGGCGUCCUCGUCGACAACAUUAAGCACAUCCCAGAGGAACUGCGUGCAGCCGCCGCACCCCAGGUACCUGUGCUACUCUCCUACUACGAUGCUAGUCUCGCUCUCCUCCUCCGCGUCUGUCAAUCUCGCCUCGGAGCCGCGCAUAUCCUCAACGCCGGUCUGUUCCCUGCCAUCCGCGACUCUCAGAUCUUUUCAGUAGACCCAGACAUCGGUCUCGAGUUCGAUGAUCCAAAUGCACUGCGUAAAUACUACGAGCUUAUGCUCGCCGUUCUGCGCGUCAUCAACGCAGCAGUCAUUGCACGAGGACGUCAGAACGACCAGACCGUCUUCCAGGCUCGAGAGUUCCUAAAGGAGAAUAGGCACAGUAUGGUGAGCAUAUUCAAGAGAAGUGUCAAUGUGGGUGUAGGUAUGGGUGAAGAACUGCAGCAGGAUAUCGUAGAUUUGGUGGAUUGUUGGACGGUUUUGGUGAAUGUUACGGGGUUCUUGCAGUACGAAGAUCAGUCGAGCUUGAAGAAGGCCAGGCCGAACAUGUUCUCUUGA